AUGUCAAUCUUCGGUGCGCCUCCUCCUCCCCCGACCAAGCUAGGCCGCUACCGCCAGCUAGCUCCGCGAGCUGCGAUCCAUGUCUCUCCUUUACAGCUUGGAGGGAUGAGCAUAGGCGACAAGUGGGCCCACCUAGGUUUCGGAUCCAUGGACAAGGAAUCGUCGUUCGAGCUCCUGGACGCAUACUUUGACGCCGGCGGCAACUUCAUCGACACUGCUACCAACUACCAGGACGGUUCGUCUGAGGAGUUUAUCGGGGAAUGGGCCGAGAUGCGAGGCAUACGAGACCAGUUGAUUAUCUCCACGAAGUAUAGUAACAAUUUUCAACUCGGAAAUAAAGACAUCAAGCAAUGUGUUAAUUUCCUUGGGAACAACCUUAAGAAUCUCAAGCUUAGCGUAGAGUCCAGCCUCAAGAGGCUACGCACAUCGUACAUCGACAUCCUGUACCUCCAUUUCUGGGAUCUUCAUACCGAUAUUGAAGAAGUAAUGGAUGGUUUGCAUGCCCUCGUACUUUCGGGGAAAGUCUUGUACCUUGGAAUCUCGGACUCGCCCUCCUGGCUCGUGACCAAGGCCAACACGUACGCGAGGUGCAUGGGCAAGACACCAUUCGUCGUAUACCAAGCAGCAUACUCCGUCCUCCAGCGGGACAUCGAACGGGACAUUCUCCCGAUGUGCCGACAUGAAGGAAUCGCUCUCACAUUUUGGAACGUGCUGGCGCAAGGCCAUAUUCGUUCAGACGAGGAAGAGGAGAAGCGCAGACAAACGGGGGAGAAGGGCCGCACCAGCGUCCUCGGCGGCUGGGAGCGAACCCCAGACGAGAAGAAAAUGUGCGACGCCCUACAGGUUAUUGCGAACCAGGUUGGUGUGAAGAGCAUACAAGCUGUUGCUAUCGCCUACACGAUGCACAAAGCGCCCUUUGUCUUCCCUAUAAUAGGUGGCCGGAAGGUCGAGCAUCUACAUGCGAAUAUCGAAGCCCUCGACGUUCGCCUCACGCAGAACCAGAUUAAUUACAUCGAAGGGAUCCUGCCUUUCGACAAGGGAUUCCCUCAGAACAUCAUCGGCGAAUAUGGAACUUAUAGCUUUUUGCUGAAGUCCUAUGCUCAUUUCGAUGAGCAGCCCAUAUUACCGCCAAUUACGCCAGGAAGCAAUUAG